AUGAAUGAGGCUCACGCCGCUUUACUUUCAGACGGCUGUUCAUCGCCGCACUUCAAAACGCCCGAACUGUCUCCGAUAGUGGACUUGACACUGUUUGAAACUCCAUUGUCAAAGCCAGACCAGCGACGAGUUGAGGAACCUUUGAUGCCGUUGGAGUUUGUAGGGACCCCAUCAUCUAGCCCAACGCUAGACCUACAACGGACAGCAAUGGAAACCUGUCAUUUCCAAGACGAAGUCAGCGCGGAACCUGUUUCUCAGGACAAUAUCGAUGCGUUGUUCAGCGAUGAUCUUGCUAGUUUCAUGCAGCAAACUGCCGUAGACACAAACAGGGCAAUUGAGCAGGAACGUAUAGAGCCAACAGCAACAAUCGCUCGAGUCUCGGUGCCCGUGAUGGACUUCAAUCUACCUGAACUUACGUGGGAUCAGAAUGACAACGAUUCUCAAAGCCAUUUUCGAUUUAUCCACGCGGAGUGCGACAGUAUAAGUGUGCCAGAAUGGCACAGAAAUCCUCUAGAGGACCGGCAGAUGUGGUGGAAUCCUUUCCCUUCAAAGCUUGGACACAUCUCGCUUACAGAGGCUAUCGACUAUGACAACGAGCCUCAAUUGUCUCUCCAUUAUCCCGAGCCCCAAAGUGUCCCAACCAGUGAGUGUUACGUAUGGAAGAAGCCAGGCUUGUCGAUUCUAGAAGGUACUGAUGAUGAGGAGCUGGAGACAUGCCAAAUCCACAUCGACUCAAACCAUGUCAUUCACUCACUUGUGAGGAAACGCAAGCUCGACAUGCUUGAAACCGUUUCAGACGAUCCACAACUAUCUUCGCCUUUAUCACCUGUAGAUCUCGUCGAGACUACUAAGACUAGGCCAAUCAUAGACAACUCGAAGCCUUUAUUGGUAGGAGUCGACGACCCUCAAGUGUCGUCUACCCUGCUUUCAAAUUUUGUGGGGCUUCGUAAUUAUAGGAAACGAAAGAAUGAGACAAGUUCCUUCUUUUCAAGUAAUAGCGCCACACGGAGGUUCGAGCAGCCUGGGCAUGUAGCAAACGCGCCAUCGAGACCAAAAGACCCUAGGGAGAAGCAAAACCCUUCUGUAUCGCCUCUAGAAACCGCGAAGAGUGCCCCUUUACCAGUUCUCAAAUACGGAAAACAAUAUGCGACCAUCAUCACAGCACUGAAUCUUGACCGCGGUGUCGUCGACCAGAUUGAGAAAUUAUUACCUGGUCUGAGUAUGGUCGAGCGAGAUUUUGAACGGUGGAAUAUGGUUGGUUGGGAUCGCAACUCUGUCUUAAGAUCGCCCAUCGUCUCGCCUCUCGCUGCAGAAGCAGACAUCAUAGUUUCGCCGUCGACUGGCAUCUUGACCACAACCUUGAUCCAAGCCAUCCAACAGCCACUUCCGGGGCACAAGGGCAAAGCAGCGAUCCGACAUAGGAUUGAGAAAAUCUCUCUGCGAUAUGAGCGGUUGAUCGUACUGGUGUCCGAGGCAAACCGAUUAGACGAAUCAGCACGGGUGAUGAACGCAGCAGAGCAGGCAGCAUUCUCCGAGUUGUCAGGAUUUGUUGCUGGUUUGAAUACCGAAACGCAGCUCUACUACGUUGGCGGGGGUAAGGAUACACUGUCACAGUGGCUUGCCCACUUUAUCGUCAAGUACUACACCGAAGAGAGCAAAGUCAAUGGCGCCGUCAUGGCAGAUGAAACAACGGCUGAAAUGCUAUUGCGUCGCGCUGGUCUGAACGCUUUUGCUGCACAGAUCAUACUAGCAACUUUGAAAGCCCAACAUUCGCAUGACAAUGGGAAUGGCCAGUACUCCGGGAUUGCGAGUUUCAUAAACAUGCCACAGGAUGAAAGAAUACGAACAUUCGGGCAGCAAUUAGGUGGUAGCAAUGUUAUUCGAAGAGUAGGAGCUGUACUCGAUGCAAUUUGGGAACUACAAUAA